AUGAGUCGUCGAUUCCUCAAGAACCUCCUGCCGUCAAAAUCCAAGUCAUCAGAAAUAUCAGAACCGAUGGGUUCAACGUCGCUGGUGGCCAAGCUUACCCAGAAGCAGCUGGAGGAGUACAAGCCAAAGUCUCAGCCAUGCUAUAGCUUCUCGGGAACGAAAUGGCAACGUGGCAGACCGCCAGCCGCUCAGGAGGCGUCGGGUGCGAAUGAAGGGGCAAAGAUCUCAAACCUGCGGCUUUUGACUUGGAACAUCGACUUUAUGGCGCCAUUUCCUCAAGCCCGAAUGGCAUCAGCCCUCUCGUACCUACAGACACUGGUAGAGGACAUCCCCGCAUCCACAGCCGUCAUCAUCUGCCUCCAGGAGCUGAGGCAAGACAUGCCGAUCAAUUUCGACCGUCUGGAGAAGAGCUUCGACCCACAGAUUGCCGACGACCUGCGCCAGAUCGCCUCGGCAUCUUGGAUUCAAAAUAAAUUCCUCGUCACGGAUUUGACGACGGAUUACUGGCGAUGCGGCUACAACAGUGUCACACUCGUUGACAAGCGCCUCAGCAUUGCAGAAGUGUCCCGGCUGCCUUUUGUCAGUGAGUACAAGCGAGAAGCUUUACUGGUCGACAUCGCCGUGAGGACCGUCAGAGAGCAGGCCGAAGGCGACGCGGAAAGCAGACAUUCCAUUCUGCGGCUGUGCAACGUCCACUUGGACUCCAUGGCAGGGAAGCCACCCAUGCGGCCGAUCCAGUGGAAGGCCUGCGCGAAAUACCUGCAGGACGAGAGCGAUGGAGUGGUCUGUGGCAUUCUCGCAGGGGACUGCAAUGCGAACCAAGGCUAUGACCUGACUCAACCCGAGGAGAACGGGUUCAAGGAUGCUUACCUCGAGAUGGGAGGCAAGGAGGAUGAUCCUGAGGGGCACACAUGGGGUCCACAGAGCAAGAGUUCUAGGUUUCCACAUAAAAGAAUGGACAAAGUAUGUUUCUGGCAGCGAAAUAGGGCCGAAGACCAACCCAUUGUACAGCUGAAGAGCGUCGAGAAGAUUGGCGUCGGGAUCAGGGUCGAGGACAAGGCUAUCAGCGAGAAACUCGAUGAAGAGGGAUGGAUGGAUUUUGUCACGGAUCAUCAUGGUUUGAUGGUGGAAUUCGAAGUGGGAGAAGCUUGGGCUUUGGACACGCAAGCUUGA